CGGCACUUGGGGAAAUGUGGCAAUUUGAUGAGCAUUCAGUGCUUCACCAACUCCCCCACCUAAAACUGAAAAUGGCCCAUUUAUCAACUAGUGGCCCAAAGAGAUGGGCAUGCAUUUGCAUCUCCAUUACGUAGCUAGAGAAUAGGAUAGGAACAAGAGCGGGCCAGAACAAUGAAAGCUGGUGCAUUUGCAGGGCCAACUGCUGGAAGCUCUCCCGCGGAGGUGCCGCCACCAAGGGAGGCCACCGCGGCCGGGGGGAGCUCCGCCAUGCGCACCGCCGAGACGCUGCUGCGGCUGCUGCCAAUGGGGCUGUGCAUAUUGACUCUGGUGAUCAUGCUCAAGAACUCUCAGGCUAAUGACUUUGGCUCUGUCUCCUACUCCAACCUUGGAGCUUUCAGGUACCUGGUGCAUGCCAAUGGAAUCUGUGCAGGUUAUUCACUUCUUUCAGCUAUUGCUGUUGCAGCUGUUCCUCGUCCCUCAACCAUGUCCAGAGCCUGGACUUUCUUCCUCCUUGAUCAGAUGUUGACAUACAUAAUUCUGGCUGCUGGGGCAACAUCAACCGAGGUGGUCUACUUGGCAUACAAGGGAGAUCAAACCAUCACAUGGAGUGAAGCCUGCAGCUCAUUUGGUGGCUUCUGCAGAAAGGCCACUGCAUCCAUUGCCAUCACCUUCGCGGUGUUGCUUUGCUAUGCUGUGCUCUCUCUCAUCUCCUCUUACAGGCUCUUUACCAACUAUGAUCCCCCCGUUCUUUCCCCUAAUGCCAAGGGAAUAGAGCCUGGAGGUGCCGUCUAUGGCUGAUCGACAUCACUUUUGUUUGACGAAAAGAAAGAUUACUGUAAUAACUACAUCUAUGUAUAAGAUGAUUAUGCUUGGCGUUAAAAUAUUUGUGGACAUGAUUCAUGAAUGGACUGGUAAACCUCUAUUUUGCCUUUAAACUGCCCUGCAUGCAAGGCUUGCUAAAC